UCCUUCCUCCCUUUGCUUGAUCUCUCUCUCAACACACAAAUAGGUUGGAUGAAAACAGACAAGGGGAAAAAGGGGCGAGGAGAAGAAAAAAAAAAAGCAAAACGCUGAGAAAUCCAGCCCGUCUCCGGCUGUGGCCAUUUUCUUCAAUCAUAAUUUGAUUUGUGGACUCUGAGAGAGAACAAGGGGGGAAGAGAAGCGAAGCACCCGUCCCUUCAACCCCCACCUCCUGUUUGCCUGAGCCAUAGGGAAAGGCUUUACACACACACACACGGACGAAAAGCAGCACACUGGGCUAGGCCGCAAGUCAUUAGUUCUUGGUGGGCAAGCACUGACAAAAGGCUGGGGGAGAGAAGCCCGCACGAGUGCCUGGAGAGCAACCACAGGAACUAUGGAGGGCUGAGCAGACAGACUCUCUCCUGCUUUCUUGAUUUUUUGUUUUUGUUUUGGGAAGGAAGCGACGCGGAGUACUCGUGCCAGAACGAGCAGGGAAGCGAGAGCGAUCACUUCCUUGUGUUGAGGAUCUACUUGUGCAUUUUAAAAAGGCGAGAGCAGGAGGUCCACGUCGCCUCGUCUGCUGCCACUGCAGCCGGCGGCGCCCCGAAGAAGAAGAAGAAGAAGAAGCCCACCACACCACCACCCGAAAGCGAUGUUGUUGUUGUUGUUGCGUGGACAUCAACUUGUGUGUGCGUGAUGUCUUCAUUGCGGGUCACAAUGCUGCCGCAGGCAGGAUUACGGCCGACUAGGAGCGCCGUGUCCGCGCUCUCAGCCUCGCUGGAUGGAAGGAAGGUCUAGAGCCAGAACAGGCUUUAUUCUCCAGAGGGGAAGCCGGAGCCACCGCACACUCACCCGGAGGUUCCCCGGCUGGCGCGCGACACCGUUCACCGGCUAGUGGUCGAGAAGGCUGCUCCUCAGCAGGGCUCCGUCGAGAGGAAAGGACACCACGACACACAAGGGGCUGGGGGAGAGGAGAGGGAAUUACAAUCCACAGGCAUGCAACACUAAAAGUUGCCACACUGCAGACUGUUUCCAGGUCAUAGUGGAGUGGGAGGAGACUGAACCGCUCUUUCUUCUUCUUUUCCAAACACCCUCCUCCUAAAUGCUGUAGCCUAUUUAAUGUAUCAUUGACACCGGCUUUAUUUAGCUUGAGGACUUAUUUUAUUUGUAUAUUGUCUGCUCAAAAGACUUGACACAUGAGAGCACGGGUGAGCAGACACUACUGAUCAUCUCCAGGUGAGGGGCGAAGGCACACUGGACUUUUUUAUAUUUAUGUUACCUUGACAGCAGCCAGACAUCUUGGCUGCCUGUCCCGUUUUCUUCCGCCGUGGUUCGGUAACCAAGCGAUGGCCAUGGUGAGUGGGGGCUGGGGAGAUCCUAAUGGGGGCACCAACGGGCUGGGGGACAAGAGCUACCUGAGGGGGGAGGAGGAAGACGGCUCUCCCCAGGCGGGAGGCAGCGACAUGGAGGCCGGAGACGACGACAAGUCCUGCGUGGUGGACUGCGUGGUGUGCGGGGACAAGUCCAGCGGGAAACAUUACGGCGUCUUCACGUGUGAGGGCUGCAAGAGCUUCUUCAAGCGCAGCGUCAGACGCAACCUCAGCUACACUUGCAGGUCGAACAGAGAGUGUCAGAUUGACCAGCACCACAGGAACCAGUGCCAGUACUGUCGACUGAAGAAGUGUUUCCGUGUUGGCAUGCGCAAAGAAGCAGUUCAACGCGGUCGCAUCCCACCUCAGCCGAGCCUCAGCCCCUCCAUCACGCCAAUAGGUGGCGCCAGCGGCCUUGGGGGUGGCGACUUCUAUAACAACAACAACAAUGGAGGAAGUGGCGGCGGUCAGCCGGUGUCGGAGCUCAUUUCCCAGCUGCUGCGUGCCGAACCGUACCCCAGCAGUCGGUUUGGACACCAGUACAACCAACAGGCCGGUCCAGAUAACGCAAUGGGGAUUGAUAACAUCUGUGAACUGGCUGCCAGGCUACUCUUCAGCACCGUGGAGUGGGCCAGGAGCAUCCCUUAUUUCCCUGAGCUGCCCGUGUCAGACCAGGUGGCUCUGCUGAGGCUAAGCUGGAGCGAGCUGUUCAUCCUCAACGCGGCCCAGUCGGCCCUGCCACUCCACAUGGCUCCCUUGUUGGCCGCGGCUGGCUUCCACUCUUCGCCCAUGUCUGCUGAGCGUGUGGUGUCCUUCAUGGACCAGGUGAGGGUGUUCCAGGACCAGGUGGACAAGCUGACCCGACUGCAGGUGGACUCGGCAGAGUACAGCUGUCUCAAGGCCAUCGCGCUCUUCUCACCAGACGCCUGUGGUCUAACAGACCCAGUCCACGUGGAGUCUCUGCAGGAGAAGGCUCAGGUGGCUCUGACGGAGUACGAGAGGAUGCAGUACCCGAGUCAGCCUCAGCGAUUCGGACGCCUGCUGCUGCGCCUCCCCGCCCUGCGCGCCGUUCCCGCCAGCCUCAUCUCGCAGCUCUUUUUCAUGCGCCUGGUAGGAAAGACACCCAUCGAGACGCUGAUCCGUGACAUGCAGCUCUCCGGAAGCUCAAUCAGCUGGCCGUAUGUCCCAGGGCAGUAGCCCCCUUACGGACAAGGUCUCUGUCUGGGAUUAGUGACGACAAGGACCCACAGGAGACCUCCUGACUCAUCACUAUCCAUCUGUGUGGUUAACAAACUGCAGUGCCAGCUGGCCGUCAUAUGUACUCUACUGUAACCGCUCUAUUCCCCCUCAUGAAGUGAGCCCUCUGCCUCCAGGGAAGAGAGGAGCCAGUGCCAGGCUGGAUGUGUCUUGUUGCCAGCCUAGUCGUUCUGGUGCCAGGUCUCCAGGCCAGAGAACAGCUGUUCAUGCUGGGCUCCGAUAUGGCCACCACGGCCAGCCAUGUCACCACCCACAUGCCAUAGUGACUAAAGAUGCUGCAGUUUCAUGUAGAGGGCAGCAGCACCCUGCUACAAAACAUCUAGAGGACAAAACGGUCCCGCCGCUGAAAAUCAGCAGAACAUUUUCCCCACAGUGGGCUCAUUUUCCACGGCUCACCAUUUGUGAUACGGUGACCUUUUUAAUCACAAAACUGCUAAUAUGACAAUACGGUACCAUGAUUAGAAUGGAUCUAAGUGAACAUUGGUGAACUGGAUAGAAGACAACGUGAAGGCUUCAUUGAAUUCAGUGCUCUCUUGGCUCAGCACUGAGGAAGAAACCAAGGAGCCAAUCAAAUGGAACGAAAACAAAACCAAGGAAAAAAUCACCAAAGUCUAUCAUAUCAUCCUCUGAGAUGUUUUUUUUAAAUAGAAUGAUUAACAGAGAGAGAAAGAGAGAAACGGACUCUUGUGACUGCCUGAAUAUCAAGUGAACAAUGCAUUUCAAUUCAUUCACAGGGCUCACUGUUGUUACAUGAGAGUAAUACCUCAGUAGACAUCAGAAUGCUUCAGUCUGAUAUUUCCUAAACACAAACCUCUGUAAAUGUUGUUCACCAGAAACCGCCUUCUUUUUGACAACUGCCUUGUUAUUCAUUGUGAAUUUGGAACACAUAAAAUAUUAAAUGAGCAUCACAAACAUUUGUUUAGUAUCUUUUUAAAAAAGAUCCCCAAAGUGACUUUCACUCCUGUGUUUGGAAUAUGAGUUUUUAAUGACUGAAUAAUGUAAAUUCAGCUAUCACGCAUUGUUUGGAUCAAGUUUUUAAAAAUAUAUAUUAUUAUUAUUGGGGAAACGGCAGGCUGACAUUAACUAAACAAACAAAUUGAGAUGUAAGAAUUAGUUACAGUUGGUCGUGAGAGUUUAUAACACGACUAAUUAAAUACCAGUUUACGGUGACCAUUGCUGUCUCUGGGGGUAAUGACCCCUUGAAAAGUGUGUGUAUUGAAAUGUAUGUGUGUAUAUAUAUAUAUUGAGGCCAACUUUUUGCAUGUUCAAAUGUUGUUUUUGGAUUUCUUCUAAGUGGAGACUGUUUCAUUCUUUUACAUUAUGUAACGCAAGGUUCAUUUAAACAUUUAAGUAUUGCUUUCACUGUUGGCUCCUAAAUGUUUUUUUCUAUAUGUAUUUACAUAAAAAUACCUCUGUCAUCUGUUUUAGAUGUCAAAAAAGAAGCUUAUCUUCAUGCCAUGUCAGCUGGUAUGACAGAGAUGCUCUGAGAGAGUCUCUACUGUUGUGAGAGGAUACUGUAAUGGAUGAAAAUCUGGUGGAGAAACUGCACUUGGAGGAUAUUCAAUGACAACAUUACACUAUCUGUGACAAGUUAAAAGGAGAUGGGGCCCUGAUUUGCUGGUUCACCAGGAUUUACCUCAAAAAGUAAUUUGAGGGUAUUUCAAGAGGUGAGUUUACAAAAUCACUAGUAAAAUAUUAUUCGGAAAGAACGAAAUCAACUCCAAAUACAACAUAUUUUAGCAUUUAGUGUUUUCAAACACAAAGGAAGGCUGUAACUCCGCUUCAUGAUCUGCCGCCGGCCCUUUUGGACGUUUGGAUAUUCUUCUUUUAGGCAACAACUCACACAACUUUGUCAUCGAGAAAAGAAAAAAAAUGAUAAAUAUGCUAUUAAUGUUCUCUUAUCUUUGUGUUACUGAGUUCUUACGUUUUUGAAAUUUUAUGUGUAUGGCAACGUUAUUAAAAGAAUCAAAAGAU